CACGCACUGUUUUUGGCCGAACAGGUUCCCGCUCUACCGUUUUUCGUCUGUUCUUUCCUUUCAGUUGAACGCGUUUCGUCUCUUAACGCAGAAGGUGGUGUCUGCUGUCUGUUAGGGCAUCUCUCUGUCCACACAAGCGCGUCUUUUGGUGGAUAAUUGCAGCUCAUGUUAGGCUUUCCCUCCACGAGUACAUGCACCGCCGGUGACCAGCGUGCAUUUCAGUCUUUGUCUUCGCUUUGUCUUGCUGUCUCCCUUUGUCUUUUCCCUUCCAUGCUAUCGCUUUUCUGUUCUUUCCAAUUUUCUUUCUCUCCGACUCAACCGGCCAGGGAGACGCGAAGAGGACCAGAGGGCCUCUCUGUCGUCUGCUCUUUUUACCGGAGGAAAACGCGCGCCUGCCCGCUGCCUGCCGUCUCGUUUCUCUUCCUUCGUAUGUUCCGGCCCUGUUCUCUCUCAACAGUCUGGAAUUCAAUCCAAUUAUCUCUCCUACCAAAUCAAGUCUAGUUUCCUUGUCACAUCGUACCACGGGCCGUUCUGGUGUCUCUUCCUUCGCCAGCGAUCUCUCGGCUUCCAAACCCUCAGCAGACACUCCCACUGCCCUGUACCCGUUCUUUUCUCUUGUUUUCUCUCUCUCUUGUUUUCUCUCUCUCUUGUUCUAUCUCUUGUUCUCUCUCUCCUUCUCUCGUUUGUUCUCUCUCUCUUGAUCUCCCUCUUUUGUUCUCCUCCUCUUCCUCCCUGUUGCUCUCCCUCUGGAUCGCUUUCGUGGUAUCCUCGGCUUUUCCUCGUUCCCUGUUGGCGAGCACCCGCCACAAAGAGGGCCUCUGUUUCUCUCGCAGCCUCUCGGCGGCAUUUGCGUCUGUUGUCGUUCUGCACCUCGUCCACUCUCUCCCGACCUCUCCGCCUUUCGCGCUCUCGCCAUGGCGCUCCGGCAGAGCUCCGCGGACCCUGGGGGCCAGGGCGACGUCGUGCAGAUGCUGCAGACGCUGUACUUCAAUACGGAUCCCCAUGCGCGUCGUCAGGCAGACGUCUGGCUCCGGCAGUGGCAGAAGUCUUCCGACGCGUGGGCUCUCUCGAUGGAGAUGCUCCUGCAUUACACGCAGACGCCCGGAGCUUCGCCGGCCUCUGUCCGUCUCAGCGACGAGGCUGUCUACUUUCUCUGCCAGACUCUGCGCACCAAGACGAUGUUUGACUUUCACCAGCUUCCUCUCGCCUCUCACGAAAGCUUAUGCUCGCAGGUUCUCCGCCUUCUGCAGGCCUUCUCAGCGCCAGGGGCGCCAGAAGCGAGCUGUGCAGAAGCCACUUCCUCGCCCUCGGCUGCCUCGAGCAACUCGCAGAGGGACAGACACCGCGCGGCUGUCACCCAGCUGUCGCUCUGCCUCGCAGACCUCGCCUUGCAGACAGCAGACAAAUGGCAGAAUCCGGUGCAGGUGAUUCUCCAGGCCUUUCCGCUCGCUCUGCCGGCGUCGGACUCGGGGUCGGACCUCGCGACUGGUAACGAGCAUGGUCGCGCUAUUGCGCUUCUCCUUCUCCUCCUCAAGCACCUUGCGGAGGAAAGCACAAGUCGCCGCGUGAUGGCUGACGAGACAGUGCGGCGGAGACACCUCGCGAAUAUGGGGAAGGCCGCGUCCACGGUCAUGCAGACGCUGCUGAAGCUCCGGCAAGUCGUUCGGAACAGGAAGCAGGGCCUCGAGGAGAAGAAGCGUCUCGCGCCCCAGGGCCAGCCGCGCGCCGCGCUCCUCGACGCGCUCGCUCUCAACGACUCGCUUCUGCGCUCCAUUCUCUCCUGCUGGCGAGUCUGGCUGCCUUUCCUCCAGCCGCUUGCGGCCGGCGACGGCGAGGAUCGAGACGGAGACAACGCGGGCCUCGCAGGAUGCGCCUCGCAACUGCUUGAGACAAGUGCACAGGAGCAGCAGGCGAGUCUUGCCCUUGUCUUCUCAGACUGUCUGGAGGUGCUGGCGGCUCCGCGGCAGCCGGCGGCUUCCAACUCGCCAGCGGCGACUGGGGACGAAGACGCGAACGAGGCUGCAGCGAGCUGUGUGCUUCGCCUCCUCAAGUCGGUCACCGCGUCGACUCAGGAGCUCCGCAUGCGCUUCCUUCGCCUUCAGAAGGAGGCGGCGCAUGCACAGGCGGGGCCUGGCGUCGAGGAGCUAUCCUCGUCGUUCUCACCGCCGGCGCCCGAGGUCCUCGAGCAUGCUCUGCGGGACACUGAGGCGCGGCUCAAGGCGUCUGAGUCCUUCGAGCAGCAGCUGCUUCAGGAGAUUCUCGCGCGCUGCGUUGGGGCGUUGCGGGGACGCCUGCUCGCCGCGCUCCAGAGAAGCGGUGAGGGAGAAGGGGAGGAGUUCGAGGACGAGUUCGACGCCCUGCAGGCCCUGACGACGCUCGCGAGAGUUUACGCGGGUGUCGCGAUUUUCUUGAUUCCCGCGCUCAUGCGCAGGACGCACAGAGACGCCCAGCUGCAGGAACUUGUCCACCUCCUGAUGAAAAUCUCGGAGGCCCCUCGCACGCGCCGCAUAGUCGCGCAUGCGCUGGAGGCGACAGCCGGGGGGUCCGAAGCAGACGAAGGCGACGAGGGCGAAGAAGAGGCGCUCCUCGUGAUCGAGGAGCCAAUGCGGUUCUGGAUGAAGCUGGCGGAGGCCGCGCACCGCGCAGAGACCGCCUUCUCUGCAUGCGCGCUGCGCGGCGAGAACAAGGGAGAGACCCCGGGCCAGAAGGCCCCGGCGAGGGGCCUUGACGCGGAGGCGCCAAACCCCGACGACGCAGGCCAGUCGAUUGAGGCCCUGAAGGAAGUCUACACACACCUCCUGCGGGAGUGUCUGCUCCAGGUGACGAUGCCUAAGCGUGUGGCGGCGGCCGCGCUCUCGAGCGACUACGACGCCUACCGACGAGCGAUCCUCGACUGCGUGGAAGACUGUGCGUUGCUCCUCUCUCCGGAGCGCGCGAGCCUCGUUGCAAUUGACAAUCUCCAGCAGCUGCGACGGAGACAGGAAGAAGAACUUCAACGCGUCUCGUCGCUCGGGGCCUCGCUCACCCCCGCCGUCGCUGCCGAGCUCCACCAGCACCAAGAGCGUCUCCUUGAGGGGGCCCUCGUGGUCCUGGCCAAGCUGUGCAGCCUUGACACAGAUUUCUCGGCUCUGAAGCAGCAUCUGCAGGUGCCGCUCGCCGCGAUCAGCGUCGUUCUCGGAGCGGAAGCCUUUCCAGUCCACUCCUUGCCGCUUCUCCACACCACGAUCUACGCCAGAGUCGCGGCCAUCGACUUGCUCAAGGAGCUCCUCGUCCCCCUCGUUGACGACGCCGCCGCCCUCCAGCAGGCGCUCCAGAUGCUCGUCCGGCAGCUUCUCACCCAGACGGCGGGGCCUGGAGCAGGAGAACAAGGAGGCGCGGGAAACAGAGAAGACGAAGAGCGCCAGGCCAUGAUUCAAACGCUGCACGUCAAUGCGUCACGAGCUGUCAGGCAGUUGUGUGUCGCUGCAAAGCCACCUGCUCUGCAUCCGCCUCUUGUCAACGAACUCGUCAACCUCACCAUUGCACUUGCAAAUGUCAAAGCAGACGAAGAUGUCCAGAUGUUCGUUUUGGAGGGGGUGUCUGCCGUCGCCAGCAAAAUGGAGGACACUGCGACGUUCCUCAGUGUUUUGGAGGCUCUGUGCAAGCCGGCGAUUGCUGGCCUCCAACAAACAGAGACGAACGAAGCCGCUGUAUGCUGGCAUCUGGACUGUCUCGCCGUCAUAUUGAGAGACGCCGUCUGCCCCGGAACCUCUUCUUCAUCGACUUCGCAUGCAGACGCCUCGAGACAUAUGAGCGUCGCCACAUUCAUCACUUCCUCGCUUUGGCCGCUGCUGCGUGCACAGCUCGAAAAGCUUCCUGCGCACCAGCGAAUCGUCGAAAAGGCUCUCCGGUGUCUGAAGCAUGCAGUGCGUUGCGCCGGCGAAGGCUUCAAGCCUCUCUUGCCGGACUUCCUCGCUCUCCUCGAAAAAAAUGCGCAACUCUGUCUCCACUGCACUUACCUCUACGCCGCCGAGUGGCUGGCCAUGCAGUUUGGGCAAGACGAACAGUACCAGCAGCCUCUGAUGCACCUGUUCCGCCAACUGAGCGCCCAGGCUCUCCAAGCGAUUCAGGAGCAAAGCCAAAACAUAGAUGCAUGCUGCGACCUCGUUGAGGAUUGCUACGGAAUGGUGAACCGCUAUAUCCGUUACUGUCCUCUCCUUGUCAGUCUAUCGCCGUCCUCAGUGCAGCAGGCACUGAUGGUCGCGCGAUCGGCGAUGUACGUCCAGCAGCGAGAGGCUGCGCAGGUCGUCUUCACCUUCCUCGACUCUUGUGCCUUCGUCUGCGAUGAACAGAGGCCGGUGGAGCCGCUUUCAAACGCUCUGCGUUCCAUUGUUUUGGAGCAUUUGCCGCCAUUGGUGGAGGAGGCCUUUCGCCUGCUGAUGGAAGCCCCGCCAGGCUACGUCGUCGGCCUCAUCGAGAGCUUCCUCAUCACAGUCGUCCAGGUCUUCCGCCACUGUGCCGAGCAAUGGAUCGGGCGGGGUCUGUUGGCGCUUCCGCCCGCGGUGCUUCCCAGCGAAGCGAUGAAAACGGAGCUGUUGGCGAAGCUUUGCAGGUCCGAUACUUGCAGCGUUUCCGAGGCAGUUGAAGACCUCGCGUACAGAUGCGAACAAGUCUGCCUCCGAAACCGCGCUUGAGCAGCGAGGUCAGCCAGCUAAGAGUCUCGCCUCGAGUUUUGCAGCCUCCGGAGCGAGGCGGAAGAGACGAUCAAACGCAAACAGGAGACGCACGAGCGUCAGACCGAAACGAUGGAAUCAAGACACUGCAGGCGACAGCGAGAACGCAGGAAAAGGGUGAAACAGCGGAAAGAGAAACGUUCCGAAACUGUAAAAGAUGCGGGCAGCCGAGAGAACGUACUGAGGAAGUCAAGCGAAACGAAACGCGAGGGUACAGACAAAUAUGAGAGAAGUGAAGGGCAGACGCAAAUGGACAGACAAGCAUUUGAUCCCCGUCGACGAGAAAGCAAACAGCAGAAUUUUUAAGCCGUUGAUUUGCCCAAUCGAGUUGUGGAAGCCUCUGCUUGCGAGGCCCAUCCAAACGAAUGGUGUCAUCCAGUGUCACUCCUACGCUGUCUACGCUGUUCUCCGAACCGUUACCUCGUGCAUGCACUCACGGA